UUUUCCCCAGUUUGCUUUGCUAGUAUGGCAGAGCAGGAGUUGGAGAGAGUGCUUCCUACUAUCGAAGCGUUUUGUAGCAUUCUUUCAGCAAGAGCCAGGUCAACACAGAUAUUACUGCUUUACUGUUACCCGCAUUCCAUCAGUUGAUAGGAUAGAUGUCUUGUGUGGAGUGUUUCGUUCUAUUGAUUUGAGCUGCCAGGAGAGUUGGGAGUUGUUGAUUUGGUGCAUUAUAAUUGAGGGGAAUGUCUGAGAAUAAGAUCAAAAGAGAUGAGAAUCUGCGCCAAAAAGAUUCCUUGAGCAGAGGUCUUCUUAUGGUCCCGACAAAUGUAAAAGGGUUAGGCAGCUUCCCUUUAAACCACAAAAGGACAGGUUCGACAGGAACCACUGGUGAUGAAUCUUAUACUACAGAUGAAGACGAAGGUGACAUUGAUGAGACUGAUUUCGAUCUUUGCAACCUCAAACAACCCAACUUCUUCAGCAAUGAUUUCGGCUCACUAUCCGGCAUUUCAACCAUUACCGAUGGCAUCAAUCACACGACCUUGAUGCAACGUAACAGCUCGGAUUUAUCAGUGUACAGUGGUGUAGAAAAAUGCGGUGAAGAAAGUGUGAAUUCUAAUGGAAGUGUCUUGUUAGGUGAAAUCGAAGGUGACUGUGAAUGUGAAUCGGUGGAUUGGGCUAAGACAUCUUCCGUUAUGAACAUGGAUAAUUUCACUUUCACAGAAUUGAAAGUUGUAUUGAAACAGGCGCAUAGGCAGCUCAAAGCAAGAAAGGAGGAAAUUCAUAAAUUGAAUAGGAUUAAACAAGACGUCGAAGAUGAAUUGGAAGAUCUGACCGCUAAUUUGUUCCAGGAAGCUCACAACAUGGUCAGAGAGGCAAACGAAAAACAGGCUGCAGCUGAGCGAGCAUUGCGAGAGAACGAGAUGAAAGUGGAAGUACUGAUGGCAGAAGUAGCUGCACUGAAAACACUGGUUAUCACAUCAACGCCAAGUAGACCAAACCCUCAUUUACAUCCACAAAUCGAUAAGAAUAAAGAUGAAGCAAACUUCAAUAGGAAACAUAAUCGUUCACCCUCGCAUUCCUAUAUUUCAUAUGGCAGAGCCGAAAUUCCGUCAUCACCAACUAGAACUACUGGAAGUCCUGGAAUAGAAAAUUACUCCCAUCAUGAGUUGGAGAUCGAUCCAACGUUUUAUGAUGAAUUUCUUUCUUGGAAGGAAAUGCCUGUAUUGGAUAAAACAACAGCUUUUAUUUCGAGAAUAUAUGAGGAGGAUAUCAAAUUAUGCUUGACAUUCACGAAUUCAGAUCUUUCUGCGAAAAUAAUGGAUGCAGUGGAAAGGGGAACACUUUUUAUAGAAGCUCUAGGAGAAAAGUCAAAGAACUUCCAAAGGGAUUGUGCCUUAAUGAAUGUGCCAAAAAUAUGUUCCUACCGAAUGAAUUUGGGGGAUGAAAAUGAUGACUGGUAUCACAUAUCACAAAUUUGUAGAAAUAGGAUAACUGCUGUCUGUGAUUUUUUAAAUUACCUCAAAUAUAUUGAAAGAGGAUUAGUUAAAAGCUCAGCUCAAGAUAUGUUUCACGAAGUGAUGCGAUUGAGGAGAAAUAUGGUCUUAGGAAGAAUGGGUUUUCCAACAAACUCUUGACUGAACCAGUUGCCUCAUAUACGAAUUCAUAAAUAAAAGUCAUUUUCGGCAUGAAAAAUCUUCCUCAAGAUGCUUACUGAUGUCGAAAAAUGAAUUUGAAAUUGUUAGAUGGACCUCUUUGUCUGUUCUUCGACUCAUCUUCCGGUAGGGAUGUGAAGUGAUGUGACACCAUAUCAUAUUAAUUAAGUUUUCAUUUUCUGUGUGAAUUGUUCCCGUAAAUACUGUUGAAUUUGUAAAAAUACCUCCGUUUCUUGGGUUCUUUCACUAAAAUGCACCCUUGAAUUUUACUGUGAUAUAAAUAAAAUUUACUCGAUUCGCCAGGAAUAAGAAUUCACGAAAAUAUACAUCAGUAAUUGCGUUGGGAAAUUUCGAAUGUGAGAUCUAAAAUCUUUGUCGCUAAGGAGAAUUCAAAUCUAUGGCACAUGUUUUGUUAUAUGUUGUAUAUACUGUAUACAUGGGACCACAUAUAAUAAAGUCUUUCAGUAUGCUCAUCUGGAAA